AUUAGGUGCGCCCUUUGUGCACAAUUGCGUAUAAAUGACAGAUCAUACGGUGCCAGAUUGUUUCUACCUUGGUUGGAGGUAGCCUGUCGCUGGGCAGACAAGGAUCCCCCAGACUGCACUAUCAAAGUAACAUAAAACCAAAACGUAAUAGGUGGAUAAGUAUGACACCUUCUUGCUUAUUUUACAUUGACAAAUGCGCUGCUGUUUGCCACAGCCAAAGAGCUGGAUGGUUGGAUGAAGUCAAACAGCUACCACGUUACGGAUUUAUUUUCUCCCACACGCAGACCCGGAAGCAGAAAUACAGACUUGGGCUUUGUUUUGUUUUGUUAGUAUCUGGACUGGAGUUGGAGGGGAAGCGACAACGUGUGCAUAGUCUGGGAGUUCUACCUUGGGAAUGGAAGAUGAACACAUUUCUCUCAAUGUUUACAAGUGUAAAAUGCCUAGUUUUGUCAGCAGUUAUGACGAAGAGACAGUCUGCAAUCCAUCAGAAGUGUUUGAUAAAGUUGAGACAUCAAGCACAGAUUUGAUUCAAGAUGCCAGGAAAACAAAGAUCCGAACACAAGACGGGGUAUCGGAGACGCACAAGCACAGACCUGAGAGAACGGGUUGUAAAGAACAUGUUGAAGGAUACAGUUUCAGAAAACCGACUGCAGUGGAUAUUUUGAGGAAUUUCGGGACGACGAGAUCCCCUCCGAAUUUCAAUAACAAUUCAGCAGAUGACCAAACAGAUCCAGGGGAUGCCGUGGUAGAAAUUGUUUUAAAUGAACGAAUUGAUUGUGUGGACCUUGAAAAGUCAAGUGGUAAUGAAACGAAGGGUGGAAAAGAGCAAGUCGCAGAUCACACAGAGGGAUUAACGUCAUCCGAUUUGGAUGAAGUUGAUGUAACAGAUUCUGACGAAAUUUGUGAAAGUAGCAGGGCCGACGACGAUUUCGUACAGUUGAAGGAACAUGUUUACUGUACUGUAUACUGUAUUGCAAACGAUAACUACAGGAAACCGGCUGACAAUACCGGAGAACACCAAUAUAAUGGGGCGAUAACUCCGUCAACGUCAAACGUCGCCACAGAGCCAUCCACGGAUUUGCAGCAGCAGAGCGAUAUAGAAAUAGGCCACCCCUCUGCCCCGGAGCCAUACACCCUAUCGAACCUGAUUGAUCCUAGAACUCUGAACAACUUUUACAACGGGGAUUACAAUGUAUCAAUUGUCUUGACCUGUCGCAUCUGUCUGGAAGACAAGCACAUAAAGCCGCUACAUUGUUGCAAGAAGGCUGUCUGCGAGGAAUGCCUGAAGAGAUACAUCAGUUCACAGGUCAGGGUGGGCAGAGCGGACAUCGUGUGCCCCAUCACGGAGUGCAGUGGUUACCUGGAGGAGAGCCUGGUGGUGUCCCACCUGGGCAGCGAGGAAGUGGCUAAAUACAAAUACUUCCUGGAGUUGAGCCGGGUCGACUCCAGCACCAAACCCUGUCCCCAGUGCAGCCAGUUCACCUCGCUGAAAGGACGCACCCCCAGCAAGGGAGACCACAAAUACAAGAUCCAGUGCACCAAGUGUCAGUUUGUGUGGUGUUUCAAGUGCCAAGCCCCAUGGCACGAUGGUCUGAAGUGCCGGGAAUACAGGAAGGGGGACAAGCUGCUGCGUCACUGGGCCAGCGUCAUCGAGCACGGCCAGAGGAACGCCCAGAAGUGCCCCCGCUGCAAAAUCCACAUCCAGAGGACGGAGGGCUGCGAUCACAUGAACUGCACCCAGUGCAACACCAACUUCUGCUACCGCUGUGGGGAGAAGUACCGUCACCUGCGAUUCUUCGGGGAUCACACGUCCAACCUCAGCGUGUUCGGCUGCAAGUACCGCUACCUUCCUGAGAAGCCUCACCUCCGCCGGCUGGUCCGGGGCUCCGUGUGUGUAAGUAAAGUGGUGGUGGCCCCUGUUGUCAUAGUCCUGGUGAUGGUGGUUGGAGCAUUAUCCCUGGUCAUAGGCCUCGUGGCCUUCCCUAUCUACUACAUCUGUAAGAAGAGACGGAAGCGCACCCAGGGGACAGGCCGCUGGCUCUGAGCUGAGGACCAUGACAGUGUGGUCAGGACCCUGCUCCAGAGACGUGGCCCAGCGAGGGGACACAGGGUUGGGGGAGGGGUCCUUCCAACACGCCCCACCAGUUUCCAGCCCCAGCCUGAGAAGAACCAUGCUUUAGAGUGGGCUCCUCUCUACUUCAUGUCCACCAGAAAACUGUCUGUGGCUCCUCCUCCAGCCUUUGGAUCUGAAGGCUCACAGAGCACACAGAGCAGUCUACUACUGUUCCGUCCCACUAGUGACCAGGAUUGCUGAGGAGAGGCCGACUGGCAGGCAGGUACAGCCUCUGGUAUCAAGAAGCCACUCAAUUUCUUUUAGAAUGGGUUGAGGUUAUUUAUUGAAUGGUUUUUAGUACUGUUGUUUGGUUAAUUGUUUUUUUGUCUGGGCUCAUAUAGCAUGGAUAGUGAAACAAAAACACAUUGGAUAGAAUGGGAAAAAGUCACUCAAGAUGUGUGGGUGAGUUUAUCACCAUUCUAUUGGUUACGCGUACAGUAGAAUGCCUUUUGCAGACCCUGAGAACCUGCAAAUUUCAGGGAUUGUAUUGUGGUGCAUACAUAGAUAGUUACAUCACAACAAGCAAUUGAUUUCUCAUUGUUAAUGACCAAUCCCUAACUGUUUCCUGUAAGUGAGAUUCCGGCUCCAUUUCAUGUGCACACACACAUUCAGCCGCUUCCGCCCCUGCCAACCCCAGAGUGCUGUGCCCACACACACACACACACACUGGUAUUUGCAUCGUCAACGAAAUCCAUUUAAGUCUUUUUCAUUGUAGAAAACAAUGGGGGCAGCACUGUUGAAAUUACUGCUGUUUGAUGCCUAGUAAUAAUUUAUCAAUAAUCUCAUCCAUAUUUGCAAAGUAGGGUUUUACCCUAUCUCUGUUUUACUAAGUGUUCUAUUGUCCUAAAUGAUGCAGACAAAUGUGGUCCAAUUUAACGAAUGGGAAAAGUCUGAGUGUUCACA